AUGGCGUCUACCGACUCGGGCCCGUCUGGGUCGUCUUUGCCGGACAAGGCUGCCGUCUGGCAGGCGGAUUCUGUUGUUAUCGACAGGCACGACGACGACGAUGCGGCGGCCGAGCUCGGCAAGUUUGACGGCGACCUCGCGCACAGCCGCAAGCAAACCUUUUCGGGCUUCGUCCUCCUCUGGCUCGGGUUCCAGUCCUGCGGCCCGUCGUGGGACGACCUCGUGGGCGCGCUGUCCAUUGUGCUGUGGUCGCUGACGCUGAUUGUGUCGGUCAAGUACGUGUGCAUUGUGCUGGCGGCCGACGACGACGGCCAGGGCGGCACCUUUGCGCUGUACAGCCUGCUGGCGCGCUACGUGCGCCUGGCCCGGGGAGGCGGGGGCAGCACGCUCACGCCGCACCUGCAGCGCUACCGCACCGGCGACAUGCGCCCCGGGGCCCGCGGCCUGCGCCGGCUCCUCGAGGGCUCGGCCGCCUGCCAGCGCCUGCUCCAGCUGGCCGGCGUGCUGGGCGUGUCCAUGGUCAUGGCCGACGGCGUGCUGACGCCCGCGCAGUCGGUGCUGGGCGCCAUCCAGGGCCUCACCGUCGUGCGGCCGGACCUCGGCACGCCGGCGAUUGUCGGCAUCACCUGUGCCGUUCUGGUCGUGCUGUUUCUGCUGCAGCCGCUGGGCACCGCGCGCCUGGGCUCCGCCUUUGCGCCCAUCGUCGUCGUCUGGCUGCUCUUCAACCUGGCGUCGGGCGUCUACAACCUCGCCGUCCACGACCACACCGUGCUCAGGGCCGCCAGCCCGCACUAUGCCGUCCUGUACCUCGUCCGCAACGGCACCGACGGCUGGCGCAGCCUCGGCGGCCUGCUGCUGGCCUUUACCGGCGUCGAGGCGCUGUUUGCCGACCUGGCCGCCUUUGGCCGCCGCGCCAUCCAGCUGUCGUGGCUGUGCCUGGCCUUUCCGUGCCUCCUGUUUGCCUAUGCCGGCCAGGCCGCCUUUAUCGCGCAAGACGCCACCGGCACCGCCUUUGUAGGUACCAAUCCCUUUUACAACACCGUCCCGCCCGGCACAUUUUAUUUCAGCAUGGUCAUCGCCAUCCUCGCUGCCGUCGUCGCGUCCCAGGCCAUGGUCACCAGCACGUUCCAGCUGCUCGUCCAGGUCAUGCGCCUCUCCUACUUCCCCCACGUCAAGGUCGUCCACACCAGCCGCCGCUUCCACGACCAGGUCUACGUGCCGCUGGCCAACUGGCUGCUGAUGGUCGGCACCGUCGUCGUCACCGCCGUCUACAACAACACCACCUCGCUCGGCAACGCCUACGGCGUCUGCGUCGUCUUCGUCACCUUCCUCACCACCUGCAUGCUCGCCCUCGUCGCCCUGCUCAUCUGGCGCCUGCCCGUCUACGUCGUGCUGCCCGUCUUUUUGCUCUUUGCCCUGCUCGACGGCACCUACCUGUCCGCCGUCCUCACCAAGGUGCCCGCGGGCGCCUGGUUCACGCUGCUGCUGGCCCUUGUGCUGUCGUCUGUGUUUGUCCUCUGGCGCUUUGGCAAAGAGGCCCAGUGGGCCGCCGAGGCGCGCCACCAAGCCGCUCUCGCCGCCCACGACGCUGCGGCGGCGCCCUCGCCCCCGCCACCGCCCACGUCCGUCGUCCCCGGCCUCGGCAUCUUCUUCGACAAGCUCGGCGACCCCGCCCGCCCGCCGCCCUGCUUCACCCACUUCGUCCUCAAGUUCGCCGCCCGCCCCGCCGUCAUCCUCUUCUUCCACAUGCGCCCCCUCGACGUCCCAGUCGUCACCGCCCCCGACGAGCGCUUCGUCGUCGCCCGCCACCGCCACCCCUCUCUCGCCCGGUCGUCGACAAAUGCCUACCUCGUCGUCCUCCGCCACGGCUACGCCGAGGAGCCCCUGCACCCGGGCAUUGCCCACGACCUCGUCGCCCAGGUCGAUGGCUUCCUCGCCCGCAGCCUCGGGCGCACGCCGCCGGAAAACGUGCCGCGCGUCGAGCAGGAACGGGCGGCGCUGCGGGCGGCCAGCGCGACCCAAAUCGUCUAUCUGCUGGGCAAAGAGGCCAUGCGCGUGGGCCGUCGGUCUGCUGACGGUGACAAAGAAAAGGACAAGGACGCGGCCAGAGGGACACGGAAGCCGACGUGGAGGCAGCGUCUCAACGUCUGGCUCCCGUGUCGCCGCCUGCUGCUGGAGCUGUUCCUGUGGAUCCGCGAGAACUCGCGCACCAAGCUGGCGGCGUUUGACAUGGAAAUUGACAAGAUGGUCGAGGUUGGCUAUCUGACGGAGCUUUGA